CGUAGAGUGAGUGAGCAACGCAUCAUCGAAUGUAACUUCCAACGAAUUCAUAACUGCAAAGGCUCUUUUACUUCAAAACAGACCCUGAGUGUACUGCGUGCAAUCACAGAUGCACACGCCCUACUGUAUCUUACAUUUGACCCGAACCACACAUCAUUACACGUACGGGUACACCGUACAUCAAAUUUACCAGAUAAUUAUUCUCGCGUGAACCCUCCCGAGCCUCCCUUUUCGCAAUAACCCCAUAGUAAUUGGGUGUCCGAACCUUCUUUGACAAGCACACCUCCCCCCUUCUGACUAGCUAGCCAUGUCCCCAGGGCUGAAAAAUGUUAUCAUUGUCGGGGCCGGCCCUGCUGGGCAGCUGCUAGGGCUGCUUCUGGGUCGAGACGCCAUUCCCGUUACGAUCGUCGAGCAGACAUUGGAGCUCGACGAUAAGCCGAGAGCCACACACUACGCUCCACCGGCGAUGAAGGUCCUGAAUCGCGCUGGCCUGGGGAGCGACUUGCGGAAAUACGGGUUUCUUCCCGAUGGAGUCGCAUGGCGCAAGCCAGACGGGACGCGCAUUGCGGGCAUCAACAACGAGAUUGACGGUGAUGAUCCAGAUCGCAUGGUUGCACUGCCCUUGUGCGACCUGGCGCGGUUGAUCUACGAUCACUCGAAGCAUCUACCAUCAGUCACGUACCUGUUUCAUCAUCGGGUGACAGCAAUCGGUCAAGACGAUUCCCGUGCCUGGGUCGACGUGGAGAACGGAGACACAGGGGAUAAGUCCCAGCUUUUUGCGGAUUUUAUUAUUGGGUGCGACGGGGCUAACAGUAUUGUCCGGCGAUCGCUGUUUGGGAACGAAUUCCCAGGCAAGACAUGGGAUGAGCAGAUCGUGGCCACGAACGUCUACUACGACUUUAGUCGCUUUGGGUACUCAGACUCCAACUUCAUUCUAGACUCGAAGGACUGGUUCAUGGCGGCCAAAAUCACCAAAGAUGGCCUAUGGCGUGUAACGUAUGGCGAAGCUACGGGCUCGACGUCCGAUGAGAUUCUCGGCAGGCAGCCGGAGAGGUUUAGAAGUAUACUACCUGGACACCCUAAACCGGACGAGUACAAGCUCGUCAGUAUCAGCCCAUACAAGGUCCAUCAACGGCUAGCCAAGAGAAUGAUUGCCGGCCGGAUUUUGCUCGCUGCAGAUGCAGCGCACCUCUGCAACCCCUUUGGGGGUCUCGGCCUCACCGGCGGCAUCGUCGACGUCGAAGGUCUCUACGAGUGUUUGUCCGGGAUACAUCGCAAUAAGGCGAGCCGGAGCAUUCUGGAAGUCUACGACCAAGUGCGGCGACAGAAGUAUCAAGACAUUAUUGACCCGAUAUCUAGCGACAAUUUGCGACGCAUGUUUAGCGUCCACCCCGACGAGGUGCUGGCUUCCGACCCGUUUCUCAAGCUUUGCAAAGACGCUGAAUCGGAUCACGAAAAGCUGCAGGAACUGAGCAAGGGCGCACAAGCACUGGGCUAUGACUUUACGAAGCAUUACACUUCUGGAGAUGGUGGUGUAGGAGGGGGAGUAGGCACUCGUCUUUAGCAGCAAAUAAGCUGAGCUAGCAGCAAAAUAGAAGACUCACCGGC